AUGGAAUUCUGCGCUUUGCUGUUCGAGAUGAAAGAGGUUGUCCAUACACAAAAAUCCCAAAAAAUGGAAUUUCUGAUCGACUCUCAACUUAAACGAAAAAUUCAAAGCCUGAAGUGUAACUCUCAGUUUUACGCUAGGAGCUGCCCAAUUAGUCUAAGAGUUGCCUAUAGACGAUGCUGGCUUUCACUUUUCAGCUCUGAAUCUAUAUUUUCCCUUGAGAUAAAAUUCAAUACUAAAAGCGAAUUAGGUCUAGUCUCUGAGCAUUAA